CGAGAGCGUCGUUUACUCCUCCCCCUCAAGAUGGCGUCGUUGCUGCAAUCGGAGCGGGUUCUCUACGUAGUCCAGGGAGAAAAGAAGGUUCGGGCCCCGCUCUCGCAGCUUUACUUCUGCCGCUACUGUAGCGAGCUGCGGUCGCUGGAAUGUGUGUCUCACGAGGUGGACUCCCAUUAUUGUCCCAGUUGUUUAGAAAAUAUGCCAUCGGCUGAAGCCAAACUAAAAAAGAAUAGAUGCGCCAACUGCUUUGACUGUCCCGGCUGUAUGCACACCCUCUCCACUCGGGCAACAAGCAUUUCCACACAGCUUCCAGAUGACCCAGCCAAGACCACGGUGAAGAAAGCCUAUUAUCUGGCCUGUGGAUUUUGUCGCUGGACAUCUAGAGAUGUGGGCAUGGCAGACAAAUCCGUGGCUAGUGGUGGUUGGCAGGAACCUGAAAAUCAUCACACGCAACGGAUGAACAAACUGAUUGAAUAUUACCAGCAGCUUGCUCAGAAGGAGAAGGUUGAGCGAGAUCGCAAGAAACUGGCACGGCGUAGAAACUAUAUGCCUUUGGCUUUUUCGGACAAAUAUGGUCUUGGAACCAGGCUUCAGCGACCACGAGCUGGUACAACCAUCAGUACCCUUGCUGGACUUUCCCUUAAAGAAGGAGAGGACCAGAAAGAGAUAAAGGUUGAACCAGCUCAGGCUGUAGAUGAAGUGGAACCUCUACCUGAAGACUAUUAUACGAGACCAGUAAAUUUAACAGAGGUGACCACCCUUCAGCAGCGCCUCUUACAGCCUGACUUCCAGCCAAUCUGUGCUUCACAGCUCUAUCCUCGUCACAAACAUCUACUGAUCAAACGGUCCCUGCGCUGCCGAAAAUGUGAACAUAAUCUGAGCAAGCCAGAAUUUAAUCCAACAUCUAUCAAAUUCAAAAUCCAGCUGGUUGCUGUCAAUUAUAUCCCAGAAGUGAGAAUCAUGUCAAUUCCCAACCUUCGCUACAUGAAGGAGAGCCAGGUCCUCCUGACUCUUACGAAUCCAGUGGAAAACCUCACCCACGUGACUCUGUUGGAGUACGAGGAGGGGGACCCUGAUAAUAUCAACAGCACUGCUAAGGUGGUGGUGCCUCCCAAAGAGCUUGUUUUAGCUGGCAAGGAUGCAGCAGCAGAGUAUGAUGAGUUGGCAGAACCCCAGGACUUUCAGGAUGAUCCUGACAUUAUAGCCUUCAGAAAGGCCAACAAAGUGGGUAUUUUCAUCAAAGUGACCCCACAGCGUGAGGAGGGCGAAGUGACCGUGUGCUUUAAGAUGAAGCAUGAUUUUAAAAACCUGGCCACCCCCAUCCGCCCCAUCGAAGAAGCUGACCAGGGUACAGAGGUCAUCUGGCUCACCCAGCAUGUGGAACUCAGCUUGGGCCCGCUUCUUCCUUAAAGUGUUCCAGUGGCGGGCAGAUCCCAAAGGACAGUAUCAUCACGAACCCGCGUUAAAAUGUGGAAGCCACUGCUUCGUUAGGCCUUGUUUAUAAUGAUGUACCCAUGCACUACUGAAUCCUGUUCCUAGGAGGUUGGGGGCAUAGGCAAGGCAUUAGGAACACAGGGUGACUGCUGUUCCUCUGGCCCUGUCUUCUGUUAACACCCGUAAGUCUGUGUCUCCCUCACUGAACCCUGCACGUUGACUAACAACAGCAUAGUUCCAUCCCAAGAAAGGGGGUGGCUGUUCUUUGGAGUGGCAUUCGAUUGACCACUUGAGAAACUGACCAUACUAUCUCCCGAUCUGAUCUCAUAAAGUAUCACAGUCUCACAGAUGAAACUUAAAAUAACUGAAAGGUAGGCCCGCUAUUGAUGACCCAGCAUUGGUCUCAGUAUACCAGCUGCUUUUUGCAUUCCACUAGAUAUAAUCUAGCACUCUAAACAUAUCCCUUCACUUGCCAUCUUGGCUCCCAUCCAUUUGACAGGGUAAUAGAAUCGUCAUGUUGUCGUUAGUUUUGUGGUGAUUGGAAAAACCUGUGAAAUAGUUAAGGCACCUUAAUUUGCCCUCUUUUAAGUGAAUAUAGGAUACUUAUUUAUUAAUUGUUCUUAAAAAUUUUUUCCCAGUAGAAUACAGAACUUUUUCUUCUGGGAAGAAUUUGAGAAGCAAGCAAUUACGUAUCAUGUCAAGGGGGUGGCAGAUUCUGUUCAUUUUAACUGUUGCCGCAAUAUCCAGGGACUGAUGCUGCUUCAGCGAGCCAGUGUUUAUGUCUUACUCCCUAUCCUUCUCUUCUGCUCGGCCUCUUUAACUCAAUAAGUUGUUCUGAGUACUGGGGACCUGGAAAGAGCCCAAAGAAAACUUGGUGGACAAGUUCAUUUCUGGAAUACAGAAAACAUUUUAAAUGUUAGAUGUUUAUCAUGAUCUGAACUAAUGUUCUUUCCAUUGAUUUGAAGGGGAAGUUAACAUUUGUAAUCUCUUCAAUCCAAAACUGGAUAUUCAGAAAAAGAACCUUCUCCCUUCCUGCAUUUAAGACUUUUAUCGACCGGUUUGUCAGAUAAGAGCAUUUGACCAUAAAUCAUAAAGAAUACUUGCCUAACAGCACACAUGCUGUUUUCACUUGGUAACCUGGAGUUGGGUUGCUAACCUUAAUUUCUGUGAUGUUUUCUCAACUGAGACUUGACAAAGUAGACCACCCCCUUCACCACAUUUGCUGUAAACGUAUUGUUAGCAAGCAGCCAACCGACUUUUGGGGAAAGAGAAACUUCCUGUUUAUUCUGGUUUUGUUUUUAAGUUCCAGCCUUUAGUUUAAAAAAAAAAAAAAAGAAAGGUAUAUAUAAUAAUCUAGAGUACAGACAGGACAUAGUUACUUUUCAGCUCCCCUUGGAAGAUAAAAAUAUUUAGGAAACCUCUGAAAGACACUAAAUAGUACUCUUAAGAUCAAGCCAAUAUUAUGAAACAGUAUUCCACAGAGCAAUAUAUAUGCUGCAGUAUGAGAAAAAAAACACUCAUGUCUCCAAUAUUAUGACAGUAGUAAGGCUUAGCCUGUUAGGAGUUGGGUCAGUGUGUUGUAUAAUGACAAAUCUGCAGACUAUAGAAAUAGCUUAACAUUUUGUGACCCCACAAAGUGUCAAAUUAAUUUUUAUUUCAGUACCCACUACAGCCUCCUGUGACGUGAGUGCUCCAUAUUUGCCAGUGGAGGAGAUAGGCCUCAAGGUAGAGGAUAGCUUCCUAUGUUUACACAUUUGCAUAGACUACACACAGUAACGUGUUUAAGGCAUAUAGCUGGUGUUUGUUCCCAGUAAUAGUGUUGAAGUAAUGGGUCUCAUCACCCCCAUGUGACACAGAAACACAAAAACACUUGUGAUCAUAGAAUUUUUUCCUCGGAAGCCAAAUUAACUUGCAGAAUAACAGAGCCAUUGAUUUAAUGGUUCCUCAAGAUAGUUUUCAGUGCAAGCUGGUACUUCGUGUGUUAGUAGAAAUGGUUCAGUAUCUGUGUGUUAGUAGAAAUGGUUCGAUACCUGCAGCUGGUGAAUUUGGAAUUUUAUUUGUUCCUUUUUUAUAUUCGAUUAGGUGCAAGAUUUUUAAAGUAUAGUCAGUGUGCACCACUGCAGGCAAAUUAGAUGUCAUUAGCACUAGAAACUACAAUUUUGGAAACUUAAAGCUAAGCUAAUUUGAAUUUGUGACUUGAUUAGCCCACCAGAGUUUUCUUUUUUUCAGACUGUUUAAUGAGCUAAAUGUCAUGCAUAUUUGUAAAGAAACAUCCUUUUUGGUCCCUUUCGGGAAUGAGAGGCACUCCUUGGUCUUUAUGAAUGACAGGUUACUGUUUUGCCUGAUUGCUUAACUUCGUGUGGUAAAAUAAAGCAGAAAAGCUUGAAAAGUGUCCUUUGUUUGGUUUCAUGAAGACUGAUUGGAGUAGCAUGCCAGGGGUGGAGUUAGGGUUAGCAUGAGAGUCAGUGGGGCAUGCUCCCUUCUUCCAUUUGUCUAAAUGAACUAAGGUAAAACCUCAAGGUAGUUCACUAUAACAUAUAGAUAGAUGUUGCUUGAGCUCCUUAUGAACAUAUUACCAGAACCAAUAUGUAAAUGUUACGUUGUUAGGACUCCGCCAGCUUUUAUCCUGGGUCAUUGCUCCCAGAGAUGUCCCUUUAAGUGUACAAAGUAGCCCAGCCCUCUCAGGUAGCCACUCGUCCACUUUCAUCUGUACUCAACUUUUCCCUCCUCUUACUGUAGAUGAAUUGUUCAUGUUUCUCCUGUCUAAAGCUAGCCCCAACACUUACUGCACUCAGUCUCACUCUCUUACCUAUUCAAAGACCUCACUUCACCAAUUUCUCCCCCUCCCUCUCCUGCAUCAUUUCCAUUGGCAUACUAUGAUUUAUCUAAAAGAAAUUGACCUUAUGCC